GGGCUAGGCAGCCUCGGAGCCCCCCGCCCCGGGGAGGGCCAGCCGAACCGAAGGGGCUGCCUGCAUGCGGGGGCCCGCGGCGCUGGGCGGGGCGGCCGCUGUGCUGGUGGCCGCUCUGCUCCUGCUGGGGCGUGAGGACGUGGGGGGGGGGACCGGCCCCAGCAUGGCCGAGACCGAGGCGCUGCCGAAGCUUCGGGAAGACUUCAGGAUGCAGAAGAAAUCCGUCUUUAUUCUCGGCGCCAGCGGAGAAACCGGCAGAGUGCUCUUAAAAGAAAUCCUGGAACAGAGCCUGUUCUCCAAAGUCACGCUCAUUGGCCGGAGGAAGCUCACCUUCGACGAGGAAGCUUAUAAAAACGUGAAUCAAGAAAUAGUGGACUUUGAAAAGCUGGACGACUAUGCUUCUGUCUUUCAAGGUCACGACGUUGGAUUCUGUUGCCUGGGUACCACGAGAAAAAAAGCUGGGGCGGAGGGAUUUGUUCGUGUCGACCGAGAUUACGUGCUGAAGUCUGCAGAGCUGGCAAAAGCUGGAGGGUGCAAGCAUUUCAACCUGCUGUCCUCUAAGGGAGCUGAUAAGUCAAGCAGCUUUUUAUAUCUUCAAGUCAAGGGAGAAGUAGAAGCCAGGAUUGAGGAAUUAAAAUUUGAUCGUUACUCCAUAUUUAGACCUGGAGUUCUAUUAUGUGAUAGGCAAGAAUCUCGCCCAGGUGAAUGGCUCAUUAGGAAGUUCUUUAGCUCCAUACCAGACUCUUGGGCCAGUGGACACUCUGUGCCCGUGGUGACUGUGGUCAGAGCCAUGCUGAACAACGCAGUGAAGCCAAGCAACGAGAAGAUGGAGCUUCUGGAGAACAAGGCCAUCCACGACCUGGGGAAAGCAGACGGCUCUCUCAAGCCAUGACCACACUGGAGAAAUGCUUUUUAUUGUAAACCUCAACACCCACCCCGAGCCGGUAAUUCCAGGGCCUGCAGGGUGCAGCAUGCAUUCAUUCUGUAGCUUACUCUUCUCAGGCAGCUUGAUCCAGUUAAACUUGGCUGUACUCUGUAUCGGUGGUUCAGAACCUUUCUUAGAGCCCUUUUCGAAAGCUUUUGAAAGACAGAGAUUUGUAGGCUUUAUCUCAAACAUCUGAGUCAAAAUUUUGGGGAUGUGGGCAUAAGAACCUGUACUUCUCUUUUGUUUACCUUUCCUGGAGAUUGUAAGGCUGCUGUUGGGAAGCGAGCUUUGAAGCAGUUGUCUGCAGUCCCAGCAGCCUCACCGCAGUCCCUGACCACGUACCAUGCAGAUGAGCUCUGCUGACAUUCAGGUCUGAGUUACAUGUAAUUGCAUAAGUGAGCAGUGUGCCUUACAUAUAAUAAAAAGUACUACACAACUAAGCGGGUAUAAUUCUUAGGGAGAAUUAAAUAGAGGAAUAAAAAGAAACGGACGCAUCCCGGUGCCUUUUUGACUGUCUGGAAGUGCUCAAGCGCAGUGGUGGUAACGCCGCAUGUCGGCCAGUGGGGUGAAAUAAAAGCAGCUACCGUUUAUCAAGUG